CCUUCCAGCGCUUCCUGAGCUGGACGAUCCUGGGAUUUGUAAUACAGGAAAAAAGGGACGGCGCGAGGGCGGGCGAGGGGACGGGAUGCUUGCUGUUCGUGGUCCUCCGGCGCUCUGAAGGCAGAGCGCGGGCCUAGGGCGGAGCACACUCAGCCCCGGGGCGGUCCCCUAACCGCCGCGCCCCGGCCCCGGCUCCUCGCAAGGCUCAGCCGAGAAGCGCGGGGAGACGCGGCGGCAGCCCGAGUAGGGAGGUGACACCCGCCCGGGGCGGUGCACGGCCCGAUCUGCGCGCCCAUGCCGACCCGCGGCGCCGCUCUGCCCCGGUGACCCGACCCCGAUACCCUCAUCAGUGGUGCGGAGCAGAGAGCGCAGACGGAGGGGCAGCCUCUGUGGGACUAACUCAUGAAGAACAAGGGUGCCAAGCAGAAGCUGAAACGAAAGGGAGCCGCCAGUGCGUUUGGAUGUGACCUGACGGAGUAUCUGGAAAGCUCGGGACAGGAUGUUCCAUAUGUGCUGAAGAGCUGUGCUGAAUUCAUAGAAACUCACGGCAUUGUGGAUGGAAUCUACCGCCUCUCGGGUGUCACCUCGAAUAUCCAGCGGCUAAGGCAAGAGUUUGGCUCAGAUCAAUGCCCAGAUCUGACGAGGGAAGUGUACCUUCAAGACAUCCACUGUGUGGGCUCCCUGUGCAAGCUCUACUUCAGGGAGCUACCCAACCCCCUCCUGACCUACGAGCUCUAUGAGAAAUUCACGGAAGCAGUGUCUCAUUGCCCGGAAGAAAGCCAGCUGGCCCGAAUCCAGAAUGUUAUCCUGGAGCUCCCCCCACCCCAUUAUAGGACCUUGGAAUACCUGAUUCGACACCUGGCCCACAUCGCCUCCUUCAGCAGCAAGACCAACAUGCAUGCCAGGAACCUGGCCCUGGUGUGGGCCCCAAACCUCCUCAGAAGUAAGAAAAUCGAAGCCACUAUUUGCAAUGGAGAUGCGGCGUUUCUGGCAGUCCGGGUCCAGCAGGUGGUGAUUGAGUUCAUCUUGAAUCACGCCGAUCAAAUCUUCAACGGUCGUGCGCCUGGGGCUCUGCAGCAGGAUGAAAGCCGUACUAUCACAAAGAGCCUCACCUUGCCAGCGCUGUCCCUGCCCAUGAAGUUGGUAAGCCUGGAGGAGGCUCAGGCCCGAAGCUUGGCCACAAGUCACCCUGCGCGGAAGGAGAGACGGGAGAACAGCCUGCCUGAGAUCGUCCCUCCCGUGGGCACCCUCUUCCACACAGUCCUUGAGUUACCAGACAACAAGAGAAAGCUUUCCAGCAAAUCAAAGAAGUGGAAAUCAAUAUUUAACCUGGGGCGUUCUGGAUCGGACUCGAAAUCCAAGCUGAGCAGAAAUGGGAGUGUGUUCGUGAGAGGCCAGAGGCUGUCGGUGGAAAAGGCUACUAUCCGACCAGCUAAAAGCAUGGACUCACUGUGCUCGGUGCCUGUGGAAGGGAAAGAAAAUAAAGGAAAUUUCAAUCGAACAGUCACCACUGGGGGAUUUUUCAUUCCAGCCACAAAAAUGCACGCGAGCAGCACUGGCAGCUCCUGUGAUCUCAGCAAGGAGGGCGAAUGGGGUCAGGAGGGGAUGCCAGCCGGGGCCGAGGGGGGCUCCGAGGUGGGCGGUCAGAUCCGGCCCCUGCCUGAGCAGCUGAAGGUGUUCCGCCCCGUCGGGGACCCUGAGAACGAGCAGUCCGCCCCGAAGCUUCUGGGGAUGUUUUACACCUCCAGCGACAGUCCUGGCAAAUCUGUCUUCACCAGCAGCCUGUUCCAGACGGAGCCCUCACCCCGCCACCAGCGCAAGGCGCUCAACAUCUCCGAGCCCUUCGCGGUGUCCGUGCCACUCCGUGUGUCCGCCGUCAUCAGUACCAACAGCACCCCGUGCAGGACACCCCCGAAAGAAUUACAGUCUCUCUCCAGCCUCGAAGAGUUUUCUUUCCAAGGUUCAGAGAGUGGAGGAUGGCCAGAAGAAGAAAAACCCCUGGGAGCUGAGCCUUUUCCAGGUUCUCUUACUAAGAAGGUAGCUACCGAAGAUGCCAAGGCAGAACCGGAAGCCCCGGGGAGAGCAGAGUGUAGCCAAAGCCCGCUCCUGGACCCAGGUACCCAAGUGGAGGAGAAAACCUUGGAUGUAUCCCUGGGCUCUCAACUGUCAACGGAAGCAGAGAAGCGGCCAAAUGCAGAGAAGGUGAUGGAGGAAAGGCAGGGCAUUAGCCAGCUGAAGCCCAGCACUCCGCAAGAGAGCCUCAGGGCCGGGACCGAACCAGUGCUUCUCCAUGAGAUGGAUGAAGAUGACCUGGCUCAGGCCUUGAUCUGGCCUGAGAUUCAACAGGAACUGAAAAUCAUUGAAUCAGAGGAGGAGUUCUCAUCGUUGCCACCCCCUGUUCAGAAGACAAGCCCGAUGACUGAGUCAAGCCCAGCCCCACUUCCCUUCCCAGAGGCCCCUGGGAGCUUACCUAGUAGCUCUGCUCCCCUGGAGGUGUGGCCUAGGGACUCAGACAAUCAGAGCAUACAGGAAGCUGCCGUCCUCAUCAAUAGAGAGAAGCUGGAACCAGUCUGCAGCCUCCUUGAGUCAGAGUCUGAGCAGGCGCUCAGCCCAGACCCGGCCAGUCUAGCACCUCUGGAAAUACUUCUGUUUGAGAAGGUAUCGUCUCCAGCUAGGAUAGAGAUAGGAGGCCCAAGAAAUCUCUCUCCCCCUCUUCCUCCUUCCCCUCCUCCUCCAACUCCUCUGGAGGAGGAGGUUGAUAUCUUGCUGUCAAAGGAAGGUCCUGACAGAGAAGAUGCAUCCUGGGAUUCCAGGACAGAUGUCUACACAGAGCAGUCAAACCCCAAAGACAGCCCUGGCAUCCCUGGCCUCUGUCAGAGAGAGGAAGCUAUUGCAAGCCCAAAUGAGACGCAAAAUGCAAAGCAUGCUGUUCCUGAGAACACAGGCCCUGAUCUUCCAAGCCCAACAAAAGAGGUUGAAGUCAUCCCACAAGAAGAGGGAGGUGCUCCCCAGUCAGCACAAGAGCCUUCAGACUGUGACGAAGAUGACACUGGGACGGACACUGGCCAGCAUGGCCUGGAGAUGGUAGAACCUUGGGAGGAACCCCAGUGGGUGACCAGUCCCCUUCACUCUCCCACCUUGAAAGAAGUUCAGGAGUCGCAGAUGCAAGGCUCCCAGGGCCACCGAUUAGAGAGGAGGCUUCGCCACAGGCCCAGCCUUCGCCAGAGCCAUUCUCUAGAUAGUAAAACCACUGGAAAGAGCCACUGGACUCUUGAGGCUCCCUUCUCCAGCAGUUGUGCCAAUCUUGAAACAGAGAGGAACUAUGAGCCUCUACAGCCCCCGGCAGCCAGGACCAAGACUGCCCGACUGGAAGAGAAAGCCCUAAAAGCCUUCAGAGAGUCCUCUGGCCUGAAAGGGUUAGAGGUUCUUCCCAGCCAGAAGGGAUCAUCUGGUACACAACCCAAACCAGUCGAAACCAACUUCAUCAGCUUAGCAGAGGGAAAGGAACCAGAGCCACAACUGGAACUUAGCAACCCUCAGAUAAAACACAGUGAUGUCCCCGGGCCAGAUAGCAGCAAGGAGAGUUCACCUAGGGCUCAAGACGGCACCUCACCUGGGGAGCAGCCUCUACAGUUACAGCUUAAGAACCCUGAGUGUGGGCCCUCAAAAGGGAAACAUAGGCCCUCUUCCCUCAACCUGGACUCUGCCUCUCCGAUCGCUGACCUUUUCCGGCUUGAGAAUGGGGCUUCCUUUAGUUCCCCUGGAAUAGAGCUCUCUGAACUAGGAGACACCAAGGUCACCUGGAUGAGCUCCUCUCACUGUAAAGCAGCCCCCUGGAAUUCCCAGGACACGCAGGACCUGGACAUUGUUGCCCACGCCCUGACAGGCCGCCGGAACUCGGCUCCCGUGAGCGUGUCAGCUGUGAGAACCUCCUUCAUGGUCAAAAUGUGUCAGGCCAAGGCAGUCCCUGUCAUCCCGCCCAAGAUACAAUACACACAGAUCCCACAGCCCCUGCCGUCUCAGAGCACAGGGGAAGGAGGGGUUCAGCCUCUGGAGAGAAGCCAGGAAGAGCCUGGUUCAACCCCCGAGACCCCUCAGAAACCCACCAAAGAUGAUUCUCCCUCCUCCCUGGAAAGCCCAGAGGAACAACAACCAAAGCAAGAGACAGGUGCCUCUACAUCCCGGGGGAACACCGGCACUACGUCCUGCAUGUAUGAGGGGUCCUUCUGCUCUCCAGAACCAGGUGUAUCCACUCUGGUCUCUACACAGGAUGCAAUGGUGCAGUGCAGAAAACGCACAUCAGAGACAGAGCCAUCAGGAGACAACCUUCUUUCUUCAAAACAGGAGCGAGCAACUGGGGCUCCUAAAUCUUUCCACAGGUCAAGGCCAGGAAGACCUCAGAGCCUAAUCUUAUUCCCCAUCAUGGACCACCUACCUUCCUCACCCACGGUGAUCGAUUCCAAGGUCCUACUGUCCCCUAUCAGAAGCCCUACUCAGACAGUUUCCCCUGGCCUUCUCUGUGGAGAACUGGCGGAAAACACAUGGGUCACACCAGAAGGGGUGACGCUUAGGAAUAAAAUGACCAUCCCGAAGAAUGGCCAAAGACUAGAGACUUCAACGAGCUGUUUUUACCAGCCCCAGCGGAGAUCCGUGAUUCUGGAUGGAAGAAGCGGGAGGCAGAUAGAAUGAGACCCGCUGACCUGCUGGUGUCUGCAAACCUGUCGGGUUCAUCUGCUCCUUACAGGAUCAACCAGCCAUUCUCCAGGCACAAGCUAUCAAAAUUUGGGCUUAUAUUUGCCUCUGACCACCUCCUCUCUCUCCCCCUCUCUCCCCACGUCUCCUUUCUUUGUCUUUGACCGUGCAUGAGUCCAUUUGCUAGAAGAGUGGUCAAGACAAGGACCGAAGAGUGAAGUUUAAGGAAGUCCACAUGAGCAAGUGGGGAAGGGUAGGCAGGGGAAGAAGAUGGAAUGCUCGCCUGCCUACGAUGGAAAUUGGGCUCAUAUUCGAGUCAGAUUACUCCUCCAUUACCAUUGUCUUUUACUCUCAAGAGCUUCCUGUGAUAGGACCCCUUGAAAGAAAGAAUUUUUUAUUCCUGAGUCAGGAAAAUCUUCCUGUUUUGAUUGGAGGCUUCUUUGUGCUUUUUUUACAUUCUUUAAAGCAUUUGUUCCUUUAGAGCAGUUUUUAAUAAGCUUUGUAAAGUUGUAUUUACUUCCCCCCCCACCCCUACCCCCAAAUAGAAGCAGAUCUGAAAAUGCAAACUAACAUGCACCCGAGAUCUCCAGGUAGGGGAACUUCCUUGCACUCUUUCCCUGGGAUUGCUGCAGACCUGUCCAAGGUGAUCCGUGAAUCAGCAAAGAAAGUCGGCAUCCGUGCUCAAGAGCAAAGCCCCAGACUGCUCCCACCUACAAAUGCUUCUUGGUGUGGGCUUUGCUGUGACUCCACCUGCCACUGUGCUGAACUCUGAUUAACAAAUCCAGUAGCUAGGCAGACUGAGUGCUGAGCCGAGGGCUGCAAGACCUAUAGGCAUGCAGGAAUGACGUGUCUGCUCUCCUAUUAGUUCCAGAAUCCAGGUGCCACAAACCAUCGAGGGAGGCACAACUCCAUUACAGACCUGAUGGUGAGGCAUUAAAUGGGAAGUUCCAGCUCACCUUCGUUCUCUAGCCUGGGCCCAGCAGGAUGGGUAAAGAGGGAAGGAGGAGCCCCAUCUGUCCCUGUCCUCAGCAAAGCAUUGCCUUUAGCCAAUGGCUCCCUCCCUUUCUCCUCUCACCUUUCCUCAAGGGCAGAUUUGAGACGCCUCCGUCUCUAUUCCCCAUGGCCGCCAUCCUAGGUGCUCAGACUUGCGCAGACUCUUGUCUGGUCGCGAGCAGAUGCGAUAAACCUAUCUGACGUCCCUUACACCUGCUGGAAGGUUUCUGGUGCUUCCCCUCAAAGGCUUAAUGGGGCACUUCUCAGAUUCCAGCCUGGCUGAGCUGGCCAGACACUCAGUCAUUGCACAAGUCUCUCUGAAGACUAGCAGCGUCUCUGGGCUGACCCCACAAAGCCAGCACUGGACUGGACUGGGUAAGGGGCUAAGCUGAAGUCAUCUCCAGUGGCCAUGUAGAAGCGAUGCCCUAUUGCAGAUCUCGUGCUUCCUGUUCCUUUUCUGAUAAACCUUAAGGGUUUGAAAUCUUACCCUUGGUUUUUUGGUUUUUUGUUUUUGUUUUUGUUUUUUUUUUGCCAGUGGCUGGGGCAAAGAUACCUAGAGUCAGCUAAUGAGAGUGACCCCACAUGAGGAACAAGGGGAGCAGUUAAUAGGCCUUCAGUCUUUGCUUUCUCAUUAGCUGAGAAAGGCACUGGACCAACAAAAACUGAAACGUCAACCAACAAGAAAUCUUAGGACACAGCAUUUCCCCCUAGCCAUGAAAGGUGACGAAACACGGUGUGGAGAUUUGAGAAGUGCAUUCCUGCCUUAUCAAGAAAUAUGGUGGACAAGCUUGGUGUCAGGCUCGGUAUACUUGUAUGCUUUGAUAAAGACUUGCUCCAGUUAGAAUGUGAAAGGAAAAGAGUCAAGUACCAAAUGAAACGCUGAGACUACUUAAAGACUGCUCCUAGUACUGCUAGGAUGUAUUUUUAUUGGCAGCGAGACAGAGAAGCAAUCGUUCACACCCCGACAGGUGACUUAAAUUCUGAGGGCUGAUUUCAAAAUGACUGCCAUGUUCCCUUACACACCAUUCACGUAUGACUUCACCUUCGGGAGAGCAGACAUCUGGGUGUGUCCAGAACCCACUGUCACCUGUUUGGAAAUACUCCUUCCUUCGGUUUUUUUCCCAGUCAGUCAAUUCCAGAAGGACUUGGAAUCUUCACCAUCUCAGUGUCCUGCCUCUCCAGUGCAGUCCUCUAUCAACUGUCACACACGUGGUCGUAAAUUUAGUGCGCUGGGUGAACCUGGCGCUCAUAAAAUCCCACUUCAUGACAAAGACAUUGUUUCUCAACAUUCUGGGGUCACCAUUUGGCUACCACUGAGGGCUCUCAUGUUGGACCCCUGAGAAAUAGCCAAGUGAGAAUCACUCUGCUUCCAUCCAGGGUCAGGGAGAAGUACCACUGUUGUCAGGACCUGCUGAUGUGCCAAAAAGAACAGUAGAACCGGUCUUCAGAGUGACCGACAGUCCACAAAAUGGGGUAGCUCAAAGACUGAAGUUCAAAUGAAAUAUGUACACGUACACUUUUUUGGCAUAUUGUCUUUGCUUAAGAUAACAAUCCAUAUUUAUUUACAAAAUAGUCCUCUCAGACUAUUUUUUCCCUUUUUUGCCAAAAUGGACUGGAGAAAGAGCAUUUGGGUUUUUAUUCUCUAUUCUUAGAAUACGAAAGAACUGAGACCAAGACCUCGCUAUGAAAUACUAGCUUAAUCCAAGGCGUAAAAUUCAAAAUAUUGCCCAAGUUCGAUUUACAGAUUCUGGAGCCACUAAAAUUAUGUAUGUCAGCAUCCUCACCAAGUACCUAUCCAGAGAUUGGUGACAGGGCACUGGGUACCUUAGCAUUCCCACACUGUUGAGCGUGGUCUAACAAAGAGAAAGGGGACAAAUCAAGCAGCCUGAAACCACUGGAGCAGGGAGGGAGUCUCCAUUAGACCCCAAGCAGAGGCCAGAAGCGGCAGCUAGCACCUUCACUAGACUGUUGGCAGUAUUCAAAUGACCUACUAAUAAAUAUUCUAAUUAAGCAGAGUUGCCAAUCCAAUAAAAUAUAUAAGUGAGAUA